CCAUCAACGAGAACGAGACUAAAUGGCUGGCGUUGAGCUAUAAAUAACAAGAAAAUAUACAAAUCACUUGCGUUUCGGUUUUGGAUUUUUUCAAACAAAUUUUUAAGAAAACUAAGUGAACCGCGGCAGCGAACAUAAAUAAAAUAAUGCCAAAUAAAAAAAAUAAAAACAAGAAAAAGCAACACCACCAUCACAACAAUCAUUCGGCCCCAAAACCAGCACAUUCCGAAACAGAAGACCACCACGAUGUUCUGGAGGAGAAAUUACAAAAUUUACACAUUGAAGAGAAUGGUGGUGCAGCGAAGCCCUAUCGGGUGGAGAUAUCCCAAAUUUAUGGACGCUACUUGGUGGCAAAUCGUAAUUUGAGGCCAGGGGAGAUACUCAUCAAAGAAAAGGCCUUGGCCAUUGGACCCUGUGUCUCGGCCGAGCCGGUUUGUUUGGGCUGCUACAUGCCGGUCACAUUGAAGGCAACACAGUACAGAUGUCCCUCCUGCCGCUGGCCCAUGUGUGGUGCCCAGUGUCGUGGCCUAGGCAAGGACACCGGCCACACGGCCGUGGAAUGUGAACUGUUCACAAGGGAAAAUACGGCCGCCCCACUUACUCCUGAUGCCUCACCGGUCAAGGUGAAAAAUCUCUAUGAACUGGUGUUGGUGGCGCGCAUCCUACUGCAAAAGGAACAAAAUCCCGAACUCUAUGGUCGCAUCAUGGUCAUGGAAUCCCAUCUGGAAAUGCGUCAAAAGAAUCCCGAACUCUGGAGCCACUAUGAAAGUAAUGUCGUGAAAUAUCUGCGUGAAAAUUGGCAUUUGGCCGAAAGGUUCACAUCCGCGGAAAUUCACACGGUCUGUGGCAUUUUGGAUGUGAACUGUUUCGAAAUAGGUCAAAAUCUGGCCAAGGCACGCACCUUAUAUCCCAGUGCUUUCCUAUUGGCUCACGAUUGCUGUCCGAAUACGUCGCACACCGAUGACCCGGAGACGUUUGAUAUUAUUCUGAGGACAUCAAGGGCGGUCAGGAAGGGGGAGGCCAUAACGCUGAGCUAUGCCUAUACUCUGCAGGGCACCCUGAAGCGGCGCGACUUCAUGCAGGCUGGCAAAUUAUUCUGGUGCUGCUGCAGGCGCUGUUCCGACCCCUACGAGCUGGGCACGGACUGCAGUGCCAUAGCUUGUGAAAAAUGCCGUGCAGGCUUGGUUAGAUCCACCAAUCCCCUGGAUCAAGAAGCCGAUUGGAGAUGUGACAAAUGCCCCUUUGUCAUGAAAAGUGAGGCUGUGGUAAAAUUGCUGGAUAAAAUCAACAAUGAUUUGGAUGCCAUAGAUGCCCAUGACAUACCGGGACUGGAGAAUUUUUUGAAGAGGUACUCUGGGCUCUUGGGAGAGAAUCAUUAUCUGCUGUUGUCAGCCAAGUACUCGCUCUGCCAGUUGUAUGGCAAGAUUGAGGGUUAUUUAUUGCCUGAUUUGUCGUUGGAGGAUCUGCAGAGGAAAAAAAGCUACUGUGAACAUUUUCUCAAGGUUGUGGAUAUUUUGGAGCCCCAAUUGACCAGGCUAAGAGGACUCAUCAUGUACGAACUCCAUGCCCCCAUGCUAAUGCUGGCCCAGCGAUCAAUGAUGAUGCAGCUCACAACAGCCCGUGAUUUUAAUAAGACCAUAAAAGAGGUCAUACAUCUGCUGAGGGAAAGUGCCAAAAUAUUAAAAAUGGAGCCGGCCGGCUCGACGGAACAUCAAAUGGGCCUGGCCGCCGAGGAAGCCCUGCAAAAGAUGGGAGUGCAAUAGUGAAAAAUGGAAAUCCGAUUUAA